AUGUUCAGCAGACAAUUGGCAAGACACAUUGAACGUAAUAAACACAUUAGAAGUUUUUCGUUGACGCAAUGGUUCAAGUCGUGGAAGGAAGCUGCACAAUCACAACGGUUGGUUUAUCCCCCUCCAGCCUCGCAAUUCACCACCCAGAAUAGAAUCAUUGAUACCUAUAUCACCAAUAAGCAAGAAUUAUACACAUACCUCUCUGUGAAGCCACCUUUGUUAUUGAAUUUUACCUUUGCUACCGAAGAGAACAACAAAGUUACACAAGCUUCGUUUGAUGUCUUAAGUGACAAGUCCAAAUAUCCCAAUACGGAGCCAGUUUACCUUGUAAAUAUUUUAGCCGAUUCUGAAGGUGGAAGAGAAUUAAUGCUAGAUUACGUCGUGGGACCCAAAAUACCUAGCAUUGUCGUUUUAAAACAUCAAUUGCCCAGUGGGAAGUAUGUACCAAAUUUAGAGACUUUUACUGAACAAGAUUUAGUUGAAUGGUUAAAACAUAUUUGA